AGGAAAUAGAUAAAAGGAAAGUGUGGGGUCAUCAAAAACAAAAACUGGUUCAACCCCUUUGAUGUUUCUCCUUUCCUUCCUGAAUUUGCAUCUAUGGUCCAUUCUUGAAUUUUUAUUCCACAACUAGGAUGGGGAAGUUUUAAACUUUUGAUGAAUUCUCUCUACUCAGAAGGUUUUUAUUUCUGCUAGUGUAAUUUUUUGUUACAUUUCUUCUGGGCCAAAGUUAAAAUUAGAGGGAUGAUACAAUUGAAUCGAACCCAAUGCCAAAAUCGAACCCAAUCCGUGAAUCAAAUCAAAAACUCAAACUUUACUGCUGUGUCUGUUCAGUUUGAUUUAAAAUUACCAAGUAAAUCAAAAUUUCUUAGUUUGUUUUGGUUUCGGAUUUGUAAACUGAAUUGUUUGUAUUGUUCCUAUUAUACAAUUGAAUCGAAUAGUUUAUAUUAGCUAAAUUGAGAAAGUUAACUCUGAUUGCAAGUUUUAUAGCAAAGGGAAAAUAUUCAUGUAAUUUUAUUUUAGUCUGUUUUUCCUAUUAAACAGAGAUUGAGGAAAUAAUUCUCGUCUAACUUACACAACUGUAUAAACAAACUUUUAUUUUAUGUUUUGGUUGAUUAAUUAAGAGUAGAGUAAUAAAAUAUGGAAGGCAAAACAAGGGAUGAGACGGAAUAAUUUUUGGUUAAGAAGACCUGGCUUGAAAGGUUCCAUCAAUAUUCCAAAACGAUGCUGCAUGAACUGUAUUUGAUUGCAGAAAGCAAUAGGAAAGUGACAACAAAAGUCAUUCUUAACGUUUCUUGAUGAUCAAUUUACCGUUCAAUUUGAGCUGGUUUUGCAAUUGACACCCUCCAGAAGCUAAGGACUUCUUCAUCCACGGACCAAGCUCUUGACUUUAAUUUCAAGACAACCAAUCAAACCCUCAACACCAAGAAUAAUCCUCUCUUUUCUUCGCCCAUUUAUAACCUCUUCAAUCUCCCAUGUCAUUGAACAUUAAGAAAACAAAACUUUAUCUUGAAACUAUUUGACAUAAAUGCCAAUGGAUAUGGAGGCUUCAAGUUCAUUCAAAGAAGGUGCAGCUGAGAUUGUAUUUUUCGACUUGGAAACUACCGUACCCAAAAGAGUUGGGCAACGGUUUCGAGUAUUGGAAUUUGGUGCUAUUGUUGUCUGCCCAAUGAAACUUGUAGAGCUCGAGAGCUUUACUACUCUCAUUAGGCCAACGGAUUUAUCUGCUGUUGCGUUGAGGUCUAGCCGACCUGACGGAAUAACUAGAGCAGCUGUUGCAACUGCACCAUUGUUUGAGGAAGUGGCUGACAAGAUAUUCAGCAUUUUGAAUGGAAGGAUAUGGGCAGGUCACAACAUUCGAAGAUUCGACUGUGUUCGUAUUAAGGAGGCAUUUGCAGAGAUUGGCAGGCCUGCUCCUAUCCCAGUUGGGAUGGUUGAUUCUUUAGGAGUCUUAACGAACAAAUUUGGCAAGAGAGCCGGGAACAUGAAGAUGGCAUCAUUGGCUUCUUACUUUCAGUUGGGACAGCAAAAGCACAGGAGCCUCGACGAUGUUCGUAUGAACUUGGAGGUUCUCAAACAUUGUGCUACUGUUCUAUUUCUGGAAUCGACCCUCCCAAGCAUAUUGCAAGAGAAGUGGAAGACUUCAUCCACCAAAACAACUCGAAGCAGAGCCAAUGGGAAGCUGAAUUGCAGAGAGGAAAGUAGUCGAAAAUCUCCUCCAUCAUCACCGGGAUAUCAACUGAGAUCAGUUCCUUAUUCAAGGGAAGGAUUAGGCAUUGGAAAGAUGACAGCUAAGGUAAAGAAUUUAUUCUACAUGGCUCAGGGAAAACAGCAUCUCAACGUCUUACUUAAACAUUCUCGACUGCUAUUACGGUGACUUGAAACCACAUGGUUGUCCUUUGCACUCCAAAUUGUCAUUGUUUUGUAAUAAGCUGGAAAGGAAGACAACAAUAUAUUUUCUAUGAAGGACAGGAAGUGUGGACGUAAAAGAGCGGUAUGUCAUCUUCUUGAUGAAAGUACCUUGUGCUUUUGGAGAGUGAUUCUUGUUUGUUCUUGGGAGGGAUUCUUUCAUGUACAUAUAUGAAAAUAUAUAACCAGAAAUCCAUUGGUUUAUUCUUUCAUUACUUCA